GACAGGGCGGUGACGUUGGCGGUAGAGUUACGCAGUGUCAGAGCGGAGAGAGGGAGAUCCGGGCAGCGACCUUGUAGAUCAGCUUCAGCUUCAGCUCUGCUAAUAUAAAUCUCCCAUUCACCUCAUAAACCAGCUCCAGCACCUCCACCAUGCCCCUGCAGCUUUCCGCGCUCUCAGCACUCUCCAACCAGGCGGGGGUCUCCGGAUUCAGGGUCUCUAAAGAUCACCUGAUCAUCGUCGUUCCUGUUGCAGUGACUGCGGCUGUGGGGACCUUCCUGCUCACCAGGUACUUCAGCACACAGAGCUGCUCCAAGGGCAAAGUGAACCUGGAGCACAACAAAGACAGCGCUAAAGUGGUGCACAGCUUCGACAUCGAGGACAUCGGCAAGAAGGCCGUCUACUGCCGCUGCUGGAGGUCCAAGAAGUUCCCCUACUGUGAUGGUGCACACACUAAACACAAUGAGGAGACCGGAGACAACGUAGGUCCUCUCAUCAUCAAGAGGAAAGAUGCAUAAUCUGCUCCGUCUGCCUGGUGCUGCUGUGUUAAAUGUGUUAAGGGUCAUGUGUUCUAUGAGUGUGCAUUCAUACCCACAUGUCAUUACAGGGUCCUCUCAUUCCUGUAUCUUCUCAUAUACUGUACAGAAUUUUGGGAAAUGCUAAAAUCACAAAUACAGUAUUUUUUCAAGCUC